UGUAGUUUAAGCCAAAGAAGUUCAGAUUUUUUUUAGGGGCUAACUCUGUGUAUUUCAGUCAAAAAAGGAGAUAUUUCCUGCUUUCGAGAUGAGCCUUUAAAUUAGGGAGGACAGUAUUUGUGUGGUAGCAUUUCUUAUAUUUCACUUUUCAAGUACUUUUAAAUAAGCUGAACAAUGAUAAUAAAACUACAAGAUAAAGUAUGUCAGUUACUAAAAUUCAACUGUCGUUUGGAUCAGUUUGAGACUUACGCCUCAUAAAGUUCGUGAGAUAGUUACUGACUGGGCUCACCUUUAUUCUUCAGAAGUGUUGCCAUGGGGUAUAUUCCUUUUCCGUGGUGAACUAAAGGAAAUGAGCUGAAAAGAUCAAUGUAUUUAAAUUUUUUUUUUCUAGUUUUACAGGCAGUCCCUGGGUUAUGAACAAGAUCUGUUCCUGAGGGUAUCUUUAGCAAUUUGUAGAUCCAACCCCUGCUGUGGACCUACUGAAUAUCUUUUAUUAGGGGAAACAUUUAUGUUUUUCUUCCUCACAAUGGAGCCAGCAUCUUAAUUUGAAACCAGUGUGUGUGUGGUUCUGAUUCAUCUGCGGUCAUUCAUGAAGCUUGAAUCUAAGGAGUACAGGGUCUUUUGCCAUGACAAUAUGACUAAUAGUAAAGGAAGAUUUACUACCAGUAAAACAAGUGGUGGGCCAAGUAGUGGGGGAGGUUUUGUAGACUGGACUUUAAAUUUAAAUACGAUUCAGUCUGAUAAGUUUUUAAACUUACUGUUGAGUAUGGUUCCAGUCAUUUACCAGAAAAAUCAGGAAGACAGACACAAAAAAACAAACGGCAUUUGGCAAGAUGGGUUAUCAACUGCAGCACAGACUUAUAGUAAUAGAUCAGAGCAACACAUGGAGUAUCACAGUUUCCCGGAACAGUCUUUCCAUGGCAAUAAUGGGCACGCACCAUCAAGCUGCAAUCAAAAGUAUGAUGACUAUGCCAACUAUAAUUAUUGUGAUGAAAGGGAAGCUUCAGAAACCACGGCCAUGUUACAAAAUGAAGAUAUUUCUAGUGAUGGUGAUGAAGAUGCCAUUGUGGAAACAAACCAAAAAUUACCAAAGGAAUCCAGUGGAGCAAUGGCCUUGCAAAUACUUGUGCCGUUUUUGCUAGCUGGCUUUGGAACAGUUUCAGCUGGCAUGGUUUUGGAUAUUGUGCAGCACUGGGAGGUAUUCAAAAAAGUAACGGAAGUCUUCAUUCUCGUUCCUGCACUUCUUGGUCUCAAAGGGAAUUUAGAAAUGACUUUGGCGUCCAGAUUGUCCACUGCAGUAAAUGUUGGGAAGAUGGAUUCACCCAUUGAAAAGUGGAACCUAAUAAUUGGCAACUUGGCCUUAAAGCAGGUUCAGGCAACAGUAGUUGGUUUUCUGGCAGCUGUGGCAGCCAUUAUAUUGGGCUGGAUUCCAGAGGGGAAAUACUACCUUGAUCACUCCAUACUUCUGUGCUCUAGCAGUGUAGCGACUGCCUUCAUUGCAUCUCUUCUGCAGGGAAUAAUAAUGGUUGGGGUUAUUGUUGGUUCAAAGAAGACUGGCAUAAAUCCUGAUAAUGUUGCAACACCCAUUGCUGCUAGUUUUGGCGACCUUAUAACUCUUGCCAUAUUAGCUUGGAUAAGCCAGGGUUUGUACUCCUGUCUUGAGACCUAUUACUACAUUUCUCCAUUAGUUGGUGUCUUUUUCUUGGCUCUAACUCCUAUCUGGAUUAUAAUAGCUGCCAAACAUCCAGCCACAAGGACAGUUCUCUACUCAGGCUGGGAGCCUGUCAUAACAGCUAUGGUCAUAAGUAGCAUUGGUGGCCUUAUUCUGGACACAACUGUAUCUGACCCAAACUUGGUUGGGAUUGUUGUUUACACACCAGUUAUUAAUGGUAUUGGUGGUAAUUUGGUGGCCAUUCAGGCUAGCAGGAUUUCUACCUACCUCCAUUUACAUAGCAUUCCGGGAGAAUUGCCUGAUGAACCCAAAGGUUGUUAUUACCCAUUUAGAACUUUUUUUGGUCCAGGAGUAAAUAAUAAGUCUGCCCAAGUUCUGCUGCUUUUAGUGAUUCCUGGACACUUGAUUUUCCUCUACACUAUUCAUCUGAUGAAAAGUGGUCAUACUUCUUUAACUGUAAUCUUCAUAGUAGUAUUCUUAUUUGCUGCUGUGUUACAGGUAUUUACCUUGCUGUGGAUUGCUGACUGGAUGGUCCAUCACUUCUGGAGGAAAGGAAAGGACCCAGAUAGCUUCUCCAUCCCCUAUCUAACAGCAUUGGGUGAUUUGCUCGGGACAGCAUUAUUAGCCUUGAGUUUUCAUUUUCUUUGGCUUAUUGGAGAUCGAGAUGGAGAUGUUGGAGACUAAUAAAUCCUACAAACUGCCCUCAAAUUACCAAGGAGGAAAACAUAACCACUUAACAGUUGUUUCUCAAAAAUCUUAAAUCAGGGUAAUUUUCACUUGGCCCUGAUGGAAUUAAAUGGCCUUAACUUUUUUUAAAAAGGAAUUUGUGUUGAGACCAGAUGGAAGAGUAUUUGUGCUGCUUUUCAAAGAAUAAAUGAUAAUUUGACACUGAUAUAGAUACAAGCUUAAGCUCUGAAAUUAAAUAGGAAAGAAUAUAGAAUGUUUACAGGGAAUAAUUUUGAAACCACAUACACAGCAAAAAUAUCCUUUAUUAUUGUUUAACUUGUAAUGCAAGUCGUAGGAUACAGAGCUCUAGUUUAGCCCUUCUUGUCUCACAGCUGUGUUGAACUGCACUGCAGACUGUAAAAUGAAAGAGGCCCAACUAAGCUCGUAAUAGUUUUAGCUACGUCUACCUCUGUGCUGAGGGAGGAUGAGCUUACAAUUAUUUGUUCCUUAAUUGUGUUCUGGUGAGCAUGAGAUAAACUCACUUUUAGCUGCAUCAAUUUAUUACCUUACACCAAUGCUAAUUUAAUUUUAACUCUACAAAUUCUUGGCAGGCUACCCUGCAAACAGAAUGGCCUUGAGAGAUCUUUAAUCAAAGCAUUGGGCCAUUUUUGAUCAUUGGUUUGUUGAAAUAUUGUUGCUUUUUUUCAAAAAAACUUAUUAAUAGUCAAACAAAGAAGAUAACCUCAAACUGAGUUUUUAGGGACAAGAUGGUGUAAGAAAUCAUGUGUGUAUAUGUAUAAAAGAGAGAGAAGGGAAAAGCUUUUGAUGGAGAACUAAAUCUUGGAUGGUUUAUCGCAAAGAUCAUACUGCUAUUAGGAUAUCAGCAUUAUAAAGUUAUUCUUGAUAUGCUUUUGCCAUUUUGUCCAAAACUUUUGCUGCUAGCCAGAAUCUGGCAUUUGUUACCCACAUUAUAAUUAAUAGUUUCUUCUUACUGGGGGGGAAAAAAAACUGUGCCGUUUAAUAUACCAAGAUAUAAACAAGAUUUAGAAUGAGCAGGCGAUUCAUUUGCUAUUUUAAAGAAGGCUUAGGCUUUCCCUUUUAAAAGAGAAGUUGGCGGGUUACUGCAAUUAUUUUUCAGGCCAAGACUAGUCAUCUUUUUCCACAGGCUUGUUUGUACAUGGGACCCUGUUAUAUACACUGCUAUGUUUCACAAAUAUUUUUUCUAAAACUGUAAACUCUUGAUCAACACCUUAAUUGUUUAGUACAUAGACAUUUUUAUAUGACAUCUAGUUCAUUAAAAAAAAAAAAAAUGUAGUGCAGUUGCUCCCAGGCUUUCAUAUUUAGUAAUGUAACUGAUAAGGAAAGAAAAGUAAUUCACAUUCCUUUUGAUCAUUAUUGUUUAAGUCGUGAUUCGUGUUAGCAUUAUAUAAAUAGUAGGUUGUCUGUAAAUACAUGGGGGGAAAUAGUCCUAUCUAGCUGUUUAAAAUAAGGGGACAGUGGUUUAGAGUUUUGUAUUUUUGCUUUUUUAAAACUUGAAUUAUUCCAUUCUUCUGCCUCUUGAUGAAGCUUCUAAGGCAGAAAACAGAACUAAUUAUAGAAUUUCUCCUUUGGAGAGUUAUAGUGUCACAUAGUGAACAUUCUUAUAAAAGAAAGAAUGAUUAAGUUGAUGAAUAUUUAAAUGCCAAGUUUUUUAUUUUAAAAAAAUCCACUAAUAGGUUCUUUGAUUUUAUUGUAAAGCAUUUGUAAAUUAAUUACUUACAUUUGUGCUGUGUGACUCACGAGCACUUGAAUUUCCCAGUGAUUUCUACUUUGAUUUUUUUUUAACGCACAGAAAAUGCAAGCACAGCAAGCCACAUUUUUAAGCAUUUUUAAGUCUAGCGUGUUAUAUAUUCCAAAACACUUUCAAAUACCAUAUUAUUUAGUACUCAGAACCCAUAACCCAUUGCCGUGAAGUCAAUUCCAACUCAUAGGGACCCUACAGAGCAUACUAGAAUUGCUGCAUAGGGUUUUCAAGGAGCAGCUGGUGAAUUUGAGCUGUCGACGUUUUGGUAGCAAACGUUUAACCACUGCACCACCAGGGCUCCUAUUACUCAAAACCAGAAAAAAAAACCUUAGAGUCGACUCCAACUCACAACAAUCCUAUAGAACAGAAUAGAACUGCCCCAUAGAGUUUCCAAGGAGCAGCUGGUGGAUUUGAACUACUAACCGUUUGGUUAGCAGCCGAGCUCUUAACCACUGUGCCACCAGGGCUCCAUUACAACAGUACCUGUGAAGUAGGUCAAAUAGAUAUUGUUAAGCAGCCCUGGUGACGUGAUGGUUAAGUGCUGGGCUGCUAACUGAAGAAGUAGUCAGCAGUUCGAACCCACCAGCUUCUCCUCUGGAGAAAAAACCCAUUGCCACUGAGUCGCUUCUGACUCAUAGCGACCCUAUAAGACAGAGUAGAACUGCCCCAUAGAGUUACCAAGGAGCAUCUAGUGGACCUGAACUGCCAACCUUUUGGUUAGCAGCCAUAGCUCUUAACCAUUAUGCCACCGGGGUUUCCUCUCUGGAAAAAAGACCUGGCAAUCUGCUCCUGUAAAGAUUUAUAGCCUAGGAAACCCUAUGGGGUAGUUCUUCUCUGUCCUAUAGGAUCACUAGGAAUUGGAAUCAACUCGGCAUACAACAACAGAUAUUGUUAUUUCUCUUUACAAAGAAGAAACUGAAGCUCAGGUUAAAUUUUUAAGGUUGCACAGCUACAAACUAGCCAGAUUAUGACUAAAGUACCUAAAGUCCGUGACUACUGUCUCCAAAGUCAGUAUUCUUUCUCUGACACAUCAGUGCCCCUCCUAGAGUACCAAGAGUACCUGAGAGGAUGCCAACUGGAGAAACAAGAUUUUCUAAAGUAGAAUAGAGUAUUGCCUCAUCUUUUAGCUUUUCAGACAGGGAAGCCUCCAUUUGCUAUAUGGAGAGUGGUGGGGAGUGAGUGCAGCCAACUCUAAACUAUGUUCAUAAGACCACGGAAAAUAGAUAAAUGAGAAUUUUAGAAUAAAGAACAAUGCCUUGUUUCAUAGAACAUUGCAUUGCCACCAGUCUUCCCAGAUCUAGCUAUUUGCCAUAGAUGCUAGUUAAAUAACUAGGAUGACUGAUUUGAAUUCUGUCUCCUUUCUGUUUUGCUGCCAUAUCUUGAUUACGCAACAAAAUAUCUAAAAGGCAUGUAAUACGGGGGCAAAAGACAUGGAAAAAAUCAGUCACAAAUUAGCUGAAUUAAUUACGAAAGGGAUGUAGAUUUCUUUAAAAAAUGACGACUGUUCUUUUGAAAACCUUCAUAUAAGUAGACAGCAAUUAAGAUGACUUAUUUACCGAUAAAAAUCAUCUAUUAACAGUCUUCUAUAGUAUAAGACAGGAGCCCUGACGGAGCAGUGGUUAGGCAUUAGGCUGCUAAUCAAAAGGCUGCCAGUUCAAAUCCACCAACCACUCCUCAGAAACCCUAUAUGGCAGUUCUACUCCGUUCUAUGAGUCUGAAUCAACUCGAUGGUACUGGGUUUUGGAUAUAAUGUAAAUUCACUGUAUUUAUUUUUAUACAACAUAAAAACUCCAGCUUUCCAAACUUCUUUAUUUUACUGAUUUAUCAGAUACUUUAUUUGUACAUAGGUAAUCUUUUUAAAAAAAUAUGUUUUUUGUUCUUGCCCACCAAUUGUCUUUUUCUUUGAGAUAUAAAGUUUCUUAGAACCCAAAUAAUAUAAACUUAGGUAAUAUAUCUUCUGAGACAUAUCAAAAAUUCCACAUCCUAGACGAUCAGUGAAUGCCAAAUGAAGUACAUUUUUUAAGUCUUUCAAUAAUUGGACUUCCUUGCCUUAUAAUGUAUCUGUGGUAUCAUAUACCCAUUUAUAAUGGGCUUUUGCCAUCUUUGAAUUAUUGCAAACUCAAAUAAGAAUAAAAUUUAAGAAAUAUUUGCCCAGCCUUAUUGUGAUUACUUCUUUUUGUUUGUU